AGCAGCAGCAUUUAGUUGGUCUGUGCUCUGUGGUGGUUCUCUCGUCCUCGUUCAUCGCAGAUCGGAAAGCUUUCAAUAAUUCAUUUUUUUUUUCAUUUCGCGCUGCUGCUGCCGGCGAAGUUUGCCCGGUAAAUUUGCCGUGAAUCAAUUGGGUAAAAAAAAAAAAAAAAUGCCGGCGAUGAGGAGGGAAAAGUGAUGGUGGGUGACGCAGUUUGGAGUCCUCCAAAACAGCAGCUUCGGGCUGUGGUUCGAGUCGUGGUCGCUGUUGCCAUCGGCUCCACUUCCGUGUCUUCCACGCAGCGCAAAUCCGUCGUGUUCCGCUUAUUUGCCAUUCCCUUGGCGAUAACCACGGCCAUCUUGGUGCUUUACUGCCAAUUCUGGAGGGGUCCAGCAUCAGCAGCAGUAGUCAUAAGAGAGCAUCAGCGGGAUAAUGACUUAUUGUUGGCCAACAAUAACCGAGUGUUCCAUGUCAACCAAGGGGCUCGGGUCUUGAGUGUCGGUCAUAUUCCGGUCCAGGAGUUUGCCCCUGAAGAUUACGAGGACUCCCAUGAACUGGUGUUUCGGCUGAAUGAUGCCCCAACAGCAGGCUAUGAAGCAGAUGUGGGCAAGACUACAUCCAUUCGCAUCCUCAACAACAAUGUGUGGAGAAACUCUUACAACCCAACAAAGGACAGAGACAAGGGGUUCCAUUCAAACCCCAUGUACCACAAUGUUGUCUUGACAGUCUGGGAAGCAUGUUUGAGAAGAGGGCCUUUCUCUUCAUGUUUGAGUGAAAUAGGAACCCCAUAUGUUCGCAAGGGAAAGAAAGAAAAGGAUGAUACUAUUCAGCCAUAUUUCAAGAGGAGACAAGAGUUCCCAGAAGAACUGUUUUACUUUAUGAACCCAGACAUGCUGUGGGACAUGUGGGACAUGCUUCAGUACUUUUCUCCUGUACCAAUUGUGCCCAGAAUUCCAAGCACAGGUUUCCUUGCUGUGUUUGUUUCUCUGUGGCAUUGCAAGAUGGUGGACCUGGUAGGAUUCACACCCACUGUCAGGUUCCAAAGGGGCAAAGGAGGUGACCAUUACUUUGAUGCUUAUUCCUCUGGAGAAUGGGGAUCCUUCAAUCUAUUUCAUCCAAAGGCAACAGAGAUGUCGCUCUUGUACAAGCUCAACUCCUUGCCAGAUGAUGACGUUUUCAUCAAGGGGGUCAUGAGGUUGACUGGUUUUUCCUCUGUAGAUUGCACCAAUUCAAAGUUUGCAUGACAGCAGGGAAAUAAAUCCACUAUAUUUUUAUUGCGUCUA